CGCGCGGCUCCCCUGGCGGCGGCCGGGUCUCUGCCCUUCCCGCGGGCACAGCUGUGGGACGGGCGGAGGCCGAGGCGCGGAGUGGCGGGACGAGAAGGAAGCAGUGCGGAGCCUGGCUUCGGGGCGGCGGGAGCCGGUGGGGGCCCGGCGAGGAGGGCUAGAGGUGGCGGGGCCCGGCGAGGCCACGAUGAAGCCGAGCGGCGAGGACGAGGCGGCGCCCGCCGGAGGCCCCUGGGAGGAGUGCUUCGAGGCGGCUGUGCAGCUGGCGCUGCGGGCGGGACAGAUCAUCAGAAAAGCCCUUUCUGAGGAAAAACGCGUCUCCACAAAAACAUCAGCUGCUGACCUCGUGACAGAAACAGAUCACCUUGUGGAAGGUUUAAUUAUUUCUGAGCUGCAGAAAAGGUUUCCUUCACACAGGUUCAUUGCGGAAGAGUCUGCAGCCGCUGGGGCCAAGUGCGUGCUCACCCCCAGCCCCACCUGGAUCGUCGACCCCAUUGACGGCACCUGCAACUUUGUGCACAGAUUUCCCACCGUGGCAGUGAGCAUUGGAUUUGCUGUAGACCAAGAGCUUGAAUUUGGAGUGAUUUACCACUGCACAGAGGAGCGGCUGUACACGGGCCGGAGGGGCCGGGGCGCCUUCUGCAAUGGCCAGCGACUCCGGGUCUCCGGGGAGACAGGUGGGGCUUCAUGCGGCUCGUCUCCGCUCCUUUCAGAGUGAGAAGUGUGAAUGGAAAAUGCCAAAAUCACCAUCCUGGGAGACGGUGCUGGAACUCCCCUGCUGAGGGUUCAAGUGCUUUAGGGACAUUGCGUCCCUGAGGACCUGGAAAGCCAGCCAGUUCUGGGUCUUCAUGUUUUUGUGGAUGUGGCCAGGAGCUUUAAAUAGUCUCGUUCUGUUUUACCCUCGAAUAUUUCAGCUUUCAUGCUCAGAGAAACCCAGUCACCAGUAUGGUUUGGUCUCUAGCAAUCCAAGGACAAGGGCAGAGUCAGAAGCGUGCUUGGGCCCUCAGAGCGUCCAGGUAGACAUCGGUCAUCCCGACGUCCCCGGGGCAACGUCACCCAGAUGCAGUCCGUGGCCCCCUGGGUGUGGAUGGACUGCCAUGGGUUCAGUUUCCAUAAGAUGGGUGGCCAUGGGAAUGAGUUGUGUAAAUAAGUGGUGUUUCCACACACCACAGCGUUAUUCCUAAACCAGAACCUCAAGGACAUCCAGUAGCUUCUAUAAAGCGACUGUGGUUAUGUCAAACUGCGUAUAACUGCGUAUCGGUAACAAUACGCCAGCUUAGGUUUUUCGGCGUCUUUUGGGCCUUUCUUUCACACCGAUGAUGUCAGUGGUAUUUUUUCACAUUGUGGGACAAGCACCGUACUGUAGGGGGGAGAAGUCAAAGACGAGCCCUAGCCUCGAAGCAGCUAGAUGAGGAGAGACUUUGAAAGCUCCCUCAUGUCCACGUUUGGGUCUAAAAAGGUAUUAAGCACAGUUGCUGCGAACCUCUCACUUGCACAUUUCCGCAGCAGGACAUCAUGAGGCAUGCUCCCCCUGUCUUCAUUCUUCCUUUUCUUUUCUGCCUUGUCUUCCUCCCUGGAUGAUACCUGUGUGUCUAGAUGGCCUCAGAGGCAGUGAGAGGAGUACGGUGUGUCCCUGCCCUCCAGCUGCCCCUCAGUGAGUGAGGAGAGUGAGUUCUCCAGCUGUGAUCUGCGGUCUGGCGAGAGCGUCGCCGAUCAAGGGGCCCUGGGUGGGUGGGCAGACAGGAGCCCUGUGUUCCUAGAGCCGGCAGUCCAGCCCCGUGGGGAAACCAAGGAGGCUCCCCCAGGGGCCCCUGGGAGUCACACGCAUGCCCAGGGGAAGGGGAAGAUCACAUGAGCCUUCAGACAGAGGUGGGACCAGCAGGACACGCUAACCAGUUACUGCUUCUGAGUCCCAGAGAGAUUCCAGAACAGCCUCCAGCCCUGCCCCAUGUCUCCCUCUCCCAGAAAUGUUUUGUUUGGCUGUACAAAAAGUAGCAUUAAUUGUAGGUACACAUGCCAAGAGGUAACCACUCAGGCCAAACUGUAAGUCAGUAGUGAGGAAGCAUGUCAUUAAACACGCUUACGUGAGCUUUGCUCUAUAUUCCAUUCGGUUAGAACACUCAGCUCCAUUCACACACACUUGGCUUCCUGGUCGGCUGCCUGUGUGGCUCAGUCAUGCCUGACAACUUCACGUCCUCAGCAGGGCUCUCAGCCCCACGUGGGCAGGACCUUGGGAUCACCUCUACAUCUGGCCCGUCAUAGGCCCUCUGGUCCUGCGCAAACCCUGCCACAAACCCCUUCUGCAGCACAGCCGGGGCUCCCGCCUGUCUCAAAACCGCCCAUGUUCUGGAGCUCAUUUUUUAAAAAUUCUAAAAAGAGGCUGAUGUGCUGUUUUCGGCGCUGGUCGUUUAGUACUUGCGGGGUGACGAGGUUUCUAUGGAGAGGACAGAGCACACCCUGCGGCACAGUCGUUAGGUGUCAUGCAGACCUGGUUGCGGUCCCGGUUCUGCCCCCCCUGCAGUGCUGUGAGCUGUCAGUUAGCCUCCCGAACCUUCGUCCUCACGUGCUGGGCGGGGUGACAUGAUGGGAACUGAGGACUAAAUGCAGUUCUACGAGGGAAAGUGCUCAGUAAAGUCCCUGGUACGUGGUACCCAAAGAUGAGAGUCGUUAUCAAAGAAGAAACUUCAGUCUUUGCACGAGAUCCUUAACGCCCAUUGUUAAGGUUACGACACGUUUCUGGAGGAAACAGGACGCCCACCACCGAUCCUUCUAUCUCCUUUCCUUACUCCUUUUACACCUUUCCAGGAGGCUUUCACUUACAAAGUAAAAAGCAAACAGAACUACACUGGGUGGGGUAGAGGAUUCAGUUGAGGCCAGAAUUUCAGUUAGAACCUUUUUCUUCACAUCCCACCAUGCAGAAUUUCAAACAUAUAUAAGGUAGACAAAGUACAGUCAACCCUCGUGACUCACCAUGUGUCCAAUAUUGUCAACUCAAGGCCGACCCUGAUAGCGCCACCCAGUUCGCACCACCCCCAGCGAGUCCCUGAUACAAAUUCCAGACUAAGUAUCACUUUCUAGUUAGUAUUUCAAUAUGUAUCUCUAUAACACACAUGAUUCUUUGGAAUGCAUAAUCACAAUACCAAUGACACACCCCUCUAAAAAUCAUCACUUACUCCUAAAGUCAUUAAGUAUCCAGUGUUCAAAUUUCCAGUUGUCUCAUCCUGUGGGAAACAGCCCUUCAAGGCCCCACCCUGAGUUCUCAGGGCUCCUUGUGGCUCUUGGGUCAGUCUUUGUUGCUAGGUCUUCUCAGUGGACAGAGCUAGGAAGUUGUCUUUAAAUAUAAAAAACAUUAUGAGUUCAUACUGGUGUUUUCAGUUCAUAUUCAUGACGACAAGUCUCUCUACCUAACUCUAUGUCUCCUCUCCCUGUGCUGGAACCUGCAUGCACGGUGACACCAGGAACGAUAAAUUCGGUAAUGUCACACAGUCACUUUUCCUCUUUGUCCCACAACAUACACCAGUUAUAGAUUCUAAAUAAAAAUACUGGCCUACUAACGACAAACCACUACCCAAAGCAGUGGGAAGGAUGUUUUGUGUUGUCUUGUCUUUUAGAGUUCUUUCCGUCCUUAGCGAAUGCCCCACAAGGGUCUGGAGUUGGACUGCUGUGAGAAUCUCUGAAGCGGUUCUUUGUCCCCUUUGCCUAUCCCACCAACUGAGGAUAAUCACUUAGAUGCAGUUGUUUCACUUUGUUUUUAAUUUA